UACAAAUAUGGCCGAAGGACUUCAUAACAACACUCAUGUCACUGCAGUUUUCUCGUCGGUGAUAAAUUUGAUUAUUUAAGGCAUAACAAGGUAAAGUUGGUGUUUCAGAAGAUUUACCACAAUGCCGAAAUAUUACGAGGAUAAAGAAGAAGAUUACAGAGCAUGCGCCGGAAUCAGAGAAGACUUCAAAGCCUGUCUCCUUCAGCAUGACUGUGUAGUAAAGGAGGGGAAGCUGCCCAGUGAGUGUUUGAAGGAAGGCCACUGCAAAGCCCUGCAGACGUCAUUCUUUGAGUGCAAGAGGUCAAUGCUGGACACGAGAUCAAGAUUCAGAGGACGGAAAGGAUACUGAGGAAGCAGAACUCUGCCGUGUGGUUGAAAGACUUGUGUAAAUUUUUUUAAAUGAUUAGAGCAAAGAGUGCCGCUUGCUGAUCUAUGCAAGUGCAGCUUUACAACAUCAUCUGGCUGACACGUCUCAAGAAGAAGAGGGAUUAAACAUGAGAGAAAAGGACCCACAAUACAUCAGCAAAAGAUGAUGCACUGAGGUUAUAACAGGAGUCGUCACUGGUUUGAGCUUUUCCUGGAUGUGUG